AUGCAUUUGAUCACUGUGAGCACUUGUGCGCUGAACCAGUGGAGUUUAGACUUCACAGGUAACAGGUCAAGAAUCAUAACCUCCAUCGUCCAAGCCAAAGCCGCUGGCGCUUCUCUUCGUACAGGUCCCGAAUUAGAAAUUCCUGGCUAUGGCUGCGCCGACCAUUUCCUGGAGGGCGAUACGGAGCUCUUCUCUUGGGAAAGCUUAGCAGAGAUCAUGAAGGAUGAUCGUACCUCUGAUAUACUCUGGGAUGUUGGGCUCCCGAUCGCCCAUCGUAACGUGAGAUAUAAUUGUAGAGUACACGUCUAUAAUAAGAAGAUUCUUCUGAUUCGUCCUAAACUAUCUCUUGCGAAUGACGGCAAUUACCGUGAGAUGCGAUGGUUCACCCCCUGGACUACGAGAAAGGUCGAGGAAUACUUCCUCCCAAGAUCAAUCGCAAAGAUCACGGGUCAGAUCAAGGUGCCCUUCGGUGAUGCUGUCAUUUCUACGAAUGAUACCUGUAUCGGAGCUGAAACUUGCGAGGAGCUGUUUACACCAAGAGGACCUCACAUCGAAAUGGGGCUAGACGGUGUUGAGAUUUUUUUGAACGGCAGCGCAUCUCAUCAUGAACUGCGGAAGCUAAACACUCGCAUUGAACUGAUUAGAGAGGCGACCUUGAAAUCAGGGGGCAUUUACCUCUACGCAAAUCAGCAAGGUGCGGAUGGAGACAGAUUAUACUACGAUGGCUCGGCCACUAUAUUCGUCAAUGGAGCCAUCGUAGCGCAAUCGUCGCAGUUCAGUUUGAAUGAAGUUGAGGUAGUCACUGCGACGGUUGAUCUUGAGGAAGUUCGAUCCUUCAGGUCUUCUAAAGCUCGGGCGAUGCAAGCCCGCGAGACGGUAGGGUAUCAGAGAUUUCCUGCCGGCAUGAGUCUCUCUAGUGAUAUUGAUGAAUUCGAUCCUACUCUAGCACCUUCAAAGGAAAUAAAGGUUCGAUAUCAUCUUCCAGAAGAGGAGAUUGCACUGGGGCCAGCCUGUUAUUUGUGGGACUACCUUCGGCGCUCCAAACAAGCCGGAUACUUCAUCCCACUAUCAGGUGGUAUCGAUAGUUGCGCCACCUCGGUCAUAGUGUACUCUAUGUGCCGCCUAGUUCACGAAGCAAUUGAGAAGGGCGAAAACCCUCUUGUCCUUGCGGACCUGCGCCGUAUUGCUGGGGAAGAAGAAGACAGUACUUGGAGCCCAUCCAGUCCUCAAGAGAUUGCUGGCCGCAUAUUUCAUACCGCUUUCAUGGGCAUGGAAAAGAAUUCGAGUGUAGAUACGAGGAAACGAGCCCGUGAUCUUAGUGCAGCAAUCGGCGGCUAUCACUUGAAUUUUGAUAUUGAUACUGUGGUCUCGGCCGUGACAAAUCUUUUCAGCGCUGUCACUAAAUUUACUCCUCGUUAUAAGAUGCAUGGUGGAACCAAUGUCUCAAACCUUGCCUUGCAAAAUAUCCAGGCCCGUCUUCGGAUGGUAAUGUCGUACAUGUUCGCCCAAUUACUUCCGACUGUCCGCGGGCGCACGAAGCCUGGUUCGCUUUUGGUAUUGGGCUCAGCGAACGUGGAUGAGUCGUUGCGGGGAUAUUUCACCAAGUAUGAUUGCAGCAGCGCAGAUAUCAAUCCAAUCGGUGCCAUAUCAAAAACCGACCUCAAGAAGUUCAUCACCUGGGCUGGAAAAACUUUCGACAUGCCGCUCCUAGAGACCUUCGUAACCGCAACGCCAACUGCUGAGCUGGAGCCAAUUGGGGGUGCGGAUGGCUACAUCCAAAGUGAUGAAGCUGACAUGGGCAUGUCAUACAAUGAGCUUUCCGUGUACGGUCGUCUCCGCAAAGUCGAUAAGCUAGGGGUAUAUUCAAUGUGGUCUAAGCUGGUGCACGAGUGGGGCAAUCUCCUCUCGCCUCAGGAGAUCUAUGAAAAGGUUCGGUGGUUCCACUGGUGUUAUGCCAUCAAUCGUCACAAGAUGACUACCAUAACGCCAUCGUACCACGCCGAACAAUACUCACCGGACGACAACAGAUACGAUCUUCGACCAUUUCUUUAUCCUCCGUUCGAAUACGCCUACACGAAAAUAGAGAAAACGCUCAAGGCUAUGGGAGCUGCUGCUACCAAAAAGCCAGAGGUUAAGGGUCAGAAGGAAGACUAA